UGGAGCAGCAGCCAUGCUCUACUCAAAUGGGCGAAAACGAUCUUACGAAGUGGCAUCCCUUUCAUCCUUCAAUUGUUCCAUAUUUCAACCGCCCCUUAUCCUCUAAACAUCCAUCGAGCGCAACGAUUUACCAUCUGUUUGUUCGAACCGCACCGCACCAUCAGUUACCUGCGAGUCACCUGCGACUGCAAAGACGAUAAACUCCGUUCUGCUUUUGAUACGUCAGCUGGACCGUUACAGCAGCAGCCCGUACAUUGGACGGAUUUCUUCCUUUCUGGAUCCGCUGGGUUACCUCGUGCCAAAAUAUUCUCCUAGAUUCAUGGACAUGUCAGGACACAUGUAUGAAGAUAGUGGCUACGCAGCCUCUCGACGCCGUUCGCUUGCAACUCCACCACCCUCCAUGACUCCAAGACACAAUCGGACCCGUAGUCACAGUGUGAGGGUGAGUAACGGAACUGUCAGCACAAACACCAGUGUCUCAAGUGGAAGGAUGUCGGAAGCCACAAACAUCACUCAACCGCCAGCGUAUUCAAAAAAGUUUGUGGUGGUGGGAGAUGGUGGUUGCGGUAAGACAUGUCUUCUUAUCAGUUAUUCACAAGGGUAUUUCCCUGAGAAAUAUGUUCCUACCGUGUUUGAGAAUUAUAUCACGCAGACCACCCAUCGGACUUCUGGAAAGACAGUCGAACUGGCUCUUUGGGAUACUGCUGGACAGGAAGAGUACGACAGGCUGCGGCCACUCUCAUAUCCCGAAACAGAUCUUUUGUUCGUCUGCUUUGCCAUCGAUUGUCCUGCAUCGCUAGAGAAUGUUAUGGACAAGUGGUAUCCCGAAGUACUGCAUUUCUGUCCCACCACGCCUAUAAUACUUGUCGGUUUGAAGUCGGAUCUGCGCACGAAGAGGACUUGCAUUGAACUCCUGAAAACGCAAGGAUUGACUCCCGUCACACCGGAACAGGGCGAGGCAGUUGCCAGGAGAAUGAAUGCUUCCUAUAUUGAAUGCAGUAGCAAGGAAAUGCGCGGUGUUGAUGAAGUUUUUGCAAUGGCAGUCGACACCGUGGUGUCUGCAGAAGAACAAGACUGGAUGGGCGCCAGCCAGAGUAACGGCACCAGCAGCAAAUUCGGAGGAGGUGGCGGUGGCCUCAGGAGCGGCAGCAAGAAGGUCAAGAAGCGUACUUGCAAGAUUUUGUAAAUCUUGUGCUUCUUUUCUCCGCUAGCUUGACCUUUUCCUUGUUUCUCGGGUCUUCUUACAGCCGAUUUCGAGGCCUGGUUGCCUCGACGCCGCGAUGGACCAGAUAAGUCUUUUUUUUUUUUUGUACGUGACAUGCUGCACUGAGCCAGAUAAUAGUUGGAAAAGAAACAUUCGGCUUCUGGCAGGUGUUGCGGAUUGUCAUUCCUUACUUCAGACAUGCUGGUCAAGGUGGCUUUCUGAUUUAUGUUCCCUUCAUUUUGCUAUACCAGUUUGGCCUUGAUGAUUGUUACCAUGAACCCAACGAUUACCCUUUUUUGUCCUCGUUUCCAUUUGCGCGAUUGACUCUAUUUAACAUUUGAUGUCUGUCAUGAACUAGCCUGAGGCCACUCUUCUGCAUGCAUGGCAUGGGUGUUUACCGGCGCAAGCAACAGUCCCAUGUACCUGAAAGGGAUAAACUAUCAAAACUGAUGAUUCU